GGAGAACUCUGCCUGCAGCGGCUAUCAAUCCACCCUUGUCCGAAUAUAUAGCAACGAAUGCCCUACUAUCGGGCAGAGUAACCGAAUCUAAGCAAGACCCCGACCUGAACAGACCAUGGCUGAGAUAUGGCGCCCUUAUCUCCACGACGUGGCCAACCACCACGACCCAGCCCUCAUCAACACAGCCAAUCUGGAGAGACUGCUCACAACCCGCACUAGUCGCGUCCUGACCUCCCGGAAUGAGAUCCUUGUCCGGGUCACGGAUGUGCAUCGUGGAUUGAGUGAAGGGGACGUCACAUCCACUCUCUAUCAUACUCCCGAGACCCUGGAGGCCGCGCUGGACUCUGAGCCCGCAGUCCCAGAUGGUCUAGAUGUCAGGGUGAUAUCAAUCUAUUCCUCGGACUCCAUCGCUCCCCUCAAGAUCUCCCCCCCGUUGCUGGCCAUCCUACUACGGCAGUAUGCUGUCCAUCCGGCCUUCAUUCAAGUUCUCCUCUCCUUCGGAAGGAAUGUGCAUGUCUCGGAAGCAGGGAGCAGCCACAUCUGUGUCGACACCCGAGAGAGUGAUGCCUAUAUCUCGUAUCAGGUCAACUACGUCGAAGAAAGGCCCCGAAAAAUAAUGCCCUGGUCGUGGCGCCACACCGGAGUGUAUCAUCACCGUCGUUAUCCCCAAGCAGGGCAGAAGGGACACGACCUGUUCAUAAUCCUUCAACCAAAUGAAGCCAGUAUCCUGGACACGAGAAUCCAAGACCGGAUGGCCGCUCUCUCUCGGCUGAGCUCUGAUCCCGGCCUAGACCAAGAACGCGCCCGAGAUUUCCCGGAAGCUCUACAUUCGCUCGUCCUAUCCUCCUUUCUCUAUAACUGGCGGUGGUAUCUUCGGCACUUGGGGGAUCAAUUUGACAAAUAUAACAACAGGGCUUUGGUGACGCUUCCGAAAGAGUUAUCCUCGCAAGAAAGCUACGACAUGAUUUCUGCCCUCCGAAACCUCAGUGACUCAGCCCUACGGGCCCAGAUCUGCUGUCGCGGGAACCUGGAGCUGGUAAAAGGCUUAAAUACCGGUGUCUCCGCUCUUCGAGGUAGGGAAUGUGUCGACCCCUUGCAGCAAGGGCUUCGGGGCUAUGACCAUCUCGAACCUACACUGCGCGGCAACAUCGACAGCUGUGCGGAGUUAGUCCCAAGGAUCAGGAAUGCGAUCGAUCUGGCUGGCUAUACACUGUCGCUCCACACCCAAUUGGAAACAGCAAGGGUAAAUGAGGAAUUGCGCGACCUUACUAGUCACCUCAAGAAUCUGCAACAGGACACGGUGGAUGAUAGCGCUGCGGUCAAGAUCAUCACAUUUGUAUCAGCGGUCUACCUCCCUGGCUCAUUCGUGGUCAGCAUAUAUGGGAUGAAUUUCUUCAACUUUGAUGACGAAGCGCGAGAGAUUGUAAUUGCCAAGGAUUUCUGGGUUUUCCUCGCCACAUGGUUACCUCUGACCCUGGCCACCGGAGUGGUGUAUGUGCUGAUUAUGUGGUUUGAUUCGUGGUGGAAGAGGAAGCCUUUUCGGUUGUUUGAGCGACCGGAGGCAACAAAGGUCGAAACCGAAACAACCGGUGAAGUGAGAACCUAGUCUUGUACUUUCUGCCUGGCAUGGCCUAUUCUGCAGAUUUGAACUUCGCAUUGUGGAUGCGCCGCUUGAAGAAUGCCAAUUAG